UCAAAAUCUCCAAACAAAGCGGCCAUUCUCCAAGCUCGCAAGCUCAAAUCAUUCACAGCUCAUUCUCAAGCAUCUCCAUUCCCGACUUUUCUCCAUCCGACGCCCCAAGAAUGUGCCCUCGCUCAUAGUAUCCUGGCGUCCCUCCACGGCGAGCGAAAACGUCAAGCCGAAGCCAUCGUCGCUCCAAGCACCCGCGCUGGCUGUGGCGAUGCGAUGUUUGUUACUGACGCUCUUGUGAGGACCAUUUUGAGCCAGAAUACGAGUGAUCGCAAUUCAUCUCGAGCAAAGCUCGCCAUGGAUGAGACAUACGGGCGGAGCGAUAACUGGGAGGCCAUUGUCGACGGGGGAACAGAGAAGCUUCAGCGAACGAUCCGAUCUGGGGGCCUCAGCGUGGUUAAAAGCAAAGUAAUAAUUAACAUCCUCCGCCAGACAAAAGCCAAGUACGGGAGCUACUCCCUCGAUCACCUCCUUCACGCUUCUAAUGAUUCCGCCAUGCGCGAGCUCCUCUCUUUUCAAGGCGUGGGCCCCAAGACUGCGAGUUGCGUUCUCUUGUUCUGUUUGCAACGGGAUAGCUUCCCGGUUGAUACUCAUGUAUAUCGGAUAACAGGACUCCUGGGAUGGCGGCCUGAGACGGCAAGCAGAGAGGAGGCACAGGCACAUUUAGAAGCAAGGGUGCCAGACGAGGACAAAUACGGAUUACAUAUCCUAUUGGUAACACACGGUAAAACAUGCAAUGAGUGUAGGGCCGGAAGUACAAAGAGUGGGAAGUGCCCUCUGCGGAGAGCUUUUCGAAAGGGAAAGGAAGUGGUGAAGAAAGAAGAA